UCUAGCCCGCCGUGCUCUCACUGCUAUGCUGCCGCGUAGAGCGGGUCGUCUAGCCCGCGGAGCUGGCUGGCCCCUCUAGCCAGCCCCAGAUAAGUCCCCAAGUCGAAGUACCGGACCCGGGCUUGGAAUUCCAGAUAUUUGGGCUCCUUGGUCGCAGAGGCACAAGGCGUGCGUGGGAGAAGGGCUCGGGUUCUGCAUGCUUAGCCCUCGACCAUCCGUCCAUCAUGGACCUCGCCAGCACCUGCUCCAACUUUCAAUCUGACCUGGAUUUCUGUCCGGAUUGCGGCUCGGUCCUGCCUCUUCCCGGAGCUCAAGAUACGGUCGCGUGUACUCGCUGUGGCUUCUCCAUCAACGUGCGAGACUUUGAGGCGAAGGUUGUGAAGACCUCAGUUGUAUUCCGCAAACUGGGAACAGCCAUGCCCUUGUCGAUGGAGGAAGGACCUGAGUUCCAGGGACCCGUGGUUGACAGGCGCUGCUCUCGAUGUGGGCACGAGGGAAUGGCAUACCACACCAGACAGAUGCGCUCCGCUGAUGAAGGGCAGACCGUCUUCUACACCUGUACCAACUGCAAUGAAUUAAAGCUUUUAAGAUAUUUAAAAGGAAAGAAAAAAAUACAGAAGGUUCCAGGAGAAGGAAGACUCUUGAUUUUUUUUCUGAGCGACUCAACAAUCUCUCCUUCUCUUCCUUGGAAGGUGAAAGAUAUUGGGUUCUUAGAUCCUUUGUCCGUCUCCUGAUUGCAGUGUUUUGCUCCCAGAUGAAAAGCAGAUCAUCAUGUGGGGUUUACCAUUGUCCC